AUGGCGAUUGAAGACGAUGAUAUCCGGGACAGAGAGGUUUGGACGUCCGUGUCCCGGCACUGGUACUCGAAAGCGUCUAAUAAGGCGCCUACUACGGGAAGACUUUAUCAUCAUCUCGCAAUCCUUGCCCGGCCGGAUCCCCUUCAGCAACUAUAUUAUUACACUAAAUCCCUCUGCGUGCCCAUUCCAUUUAGCUCAGCGCGGGAGUCAAUUAUGACUCUAUUCGACCCUAUUCUGGACCCCACUAGUAUUCAGCAUUCUCGGUUGAUCGCGAUUGAUGUGGCCUUCGUAAAGGCGCAUGGGAUCUUGUUUAGCAAUAAAUACGCCGACGACUUCCUUCCGACAGUUGACAAGUUCUGUAGUAUGCUAGAUAACCAUAUUGGCCGAACCACUAGGAAGUGGAUGGAAUCAGGCUACUAUAUCGCUGUCUCGAACUGCUGUGCCCUUUUGUCAUACGGCCAAGAAGACAAUAUUCUUCUAAAGGGAUUCCACCCCCAUGUGGAGGACACAGCCGAGCCGACUACUGAAAACUCCCUGGCCUUAUACAAGCCAAGUAGGACAGAAGAGGGUGCGCUAAGGCUCUUUGAAGGCACCUGUGACGUCGUCUUGCGCAGAUUAGGUGACCUUAAUUGCAAUGUCCUUCAUUGA